CCUUACGUCCAAUCUGCUAGAGAACAAGACGCCGAGCGGUGAUUGGCUGCUGAGAGGGGCGUGCAGUGUGACGUCAGGGCGGUAGCGGCAGCAGAGGGGAAAGAUGGCGGCGGUGACCAGAGGCUCCUUCACUGUGUUCAGACGGCUGCUGAGUCAGCAGUACCGUCGGCGGUGUUUCCGUCUGCAGACCGUGAGGUGUGUCAGGACUGUGCAGCCGCUGUCCUUCAGCUGUGGCAGAGACCUGCAGGUGUUCAGCAGCAGGAUGCUGCACACUGCUGUUGUGAGUCGAGGACCAAUCGUCCAGUUCAAACUGUCAGACAUCGGAGAAGGAAUCAUGGAGGUGACAGUGAAGGAGUGGUACGUGAAGGAGGGGGACAAGGUGUCUCAGUUCGACAGUAUCUGUGAGGUUCAGAGCGACAAGGCUUCUGUCACCAUCACCAGCCGAUAUGACGGUGUCAUCAAAAAACUCUACUAUGACGUGGAUGCCACAGCCUUAGUGGGCAAACCACUGGUGGACAUCGAGACAGAGUCCAGCUCAGAGGUGAUCCAGGAGGAGGACGUGGUGGAGACGCCAGCAAUGGCUCGAGAAGAACACACCCACCAGGAAAUCAAAGGUCACAAGACGCAGGCCACGCCCGCUGUCAGACGUCUCGCCAUGGAGAACAAUAUUAAGCUCAGUGAGGUGGUGGGGACAGGUAAAGAUGGGCGGAUCCUGAAGGAGGACAUCUUGAACUUCCUGGCAAAGCAGACGGGAGCCAUCUUACCUCCGGCCCCUCCUCCAGCCCCGCCCCCUGCGGCUGCUGCUGCUGCCAGGCCUGUGAGCACCGCGUCAGCAGCCAAAGCUCCUCCCACCACACCCAGACCUGCCUUCACUGGGAGAGACGUCACAGAGCCACUCAAAGGGUUCCACAAAGCAAUGGUGAAGACGAUGACGGCGGCUCUGAAGAUUCCACACUUCGGUUACUGUGACGAGGUGGACCUGACCCGUCUGGUGUCUCUGAGAUCUGAACUCAGGUCCAUCUCUGAGGCUCGAGGGGUCAAACUGAGCUACAUGCCCUUCUUCAUCAAGGCUGCAUCCCUCGGCCUCCUGCACUUCCCCAUCCUCAACUCGUCUCUGGACGAAGGCUGCCAGAACAUCACAUACAAGGCGUCUCACAACAUCGGCCUGGCGAUGGACACCAGUCAGGGUCUGCUGGUUCCCAACGUGAAGAACGUCCAGCUGCUCAGUGUGUUUGAGAUCGCCCAAGAAUUAAACCGCCUGCAGGCGCUUGGAGCGGCCGGACAGCUGGGAACCACCGAGCUGACGGGAGGAACCUUCACCCUGUCCAACAUCGGAUCAAUCGGAGGGACGUACGCUAAGCCCGUCAUUCUUCCUCCUGAAGUCGCUAUCGGAGCACUGGGAAAAAUCCAGAUCCUCCCCCGGUUCGACGCCAGCGGUCAGGUGGUCCGCGCUCAUAUCAUGAACGUCAGCUGGUCGGCGGAUCAUCGCAUCAUCGACGGAGCCACCAUGUGUCGCUUCUCCAACCUGUGGAGGGAGUACCUGGAGAACCCGGCCAGCAUGGUGCUGGACCUCAAAUAGACAGAGAGCAAUAUUUCCCAUCAGCCCCGGAGAGGACGAGACGCCACACGCUCCUCCCACCAUUUUCGCUUCCUCUUUCUGUUUGAGGCCUUCCUGUUCACUGUUUCCUUGUUGCCUUUGAGCAAGAUGCUGGGAGGAGGGGGAGGGGUCAGCCUGUCUAUCACUCCGUCUCCAUGACAACCAUGAGAAAACACACACACACACACACACACACACACACACACACACACACACACACACACACACACACACACACACACAGGUGGUUGGUUGGUUUGGUUGUAGGUUUCAACACUAACUUGUUUUAAAUGUUUCACAGAUCAGUGAUCGAUAAUCAUUAGUGAUGAUUGAUUCUCCCUCUCAACAACAACAACCUCUGAAACUAGUCUUUCUUGUGACCCUGGGCUCCAGGGGGCCCUCGGGGGCCUCGUGUGACUGCAUCUUGUACUGACCAAUAAUCUGUCUCAUGAAUUCAUUAUAAAUAAGACAAAUAUUUAUUUAACCCAAUCUGAGAUGCAGAUGUUCAGCUGUGACUAAAUUAAUCAUAAUUAUUGAUCAGUUUGUCAUUGAUUAUUGAUCAAUAAUCAGUAAGUUUGUAUUGAUAGACUCCCAAAUUCCCUCACACCUGACCUGAAUAUGUAAAUGAUGUGGGCGUGGUUGGACAGGUGACCAGGGUCACGUGACCAACAGCAGCUGAAUUCUGAAUCAUGACUGACUGAUUGACCGAUCUGAUCUGAUUGAUCAGCUGGUGUUUGAGGCAUUAUUCACAUUCAUUUAACUCAUUAACAACAAAAUCAUCAAUUAAUUAAAAUAUAAUAGAAACUAGAUCAUCAGAUUUGUCUUGACUGUAACAAAUCAGACGAUCAAUGAUCAGGAUCAAUUAUCAGCCUGAGGGUUAAGAGUUGUCGUCUGCUCUGGAUCAGAUCUCUUCUCCGGAUUAUAAAUCUUAACUGACAAACAUCCAGUCAGACUGAAACCACAGGGUCCAGGUCUGGUUCAGUCUGGUUCCUGCUGGUGUGGAGGAGGUCUGGCUGUAGACCUGGUCCUUGUUCUGGUCUGGUCUCUUGAUGUCAGAGUCUGUGCUGUUAGUGGUCACACUGACCUGGGAUCAGGUCUUCAUGAUGCUGAUCAGCUGCUUCUCAUGAACCUCCGGACCUUUCAGUUCUUCCUCUGGACUUCCAGGUGUCCCGGUGGCUGCUGGGUAAAGAGCACAUGGUGUUAGAUUCUUGUUACAUGACUCUUUGUGUGUUUCCUGCUUUGUGUUUUUGUUUGUAGCGACAGAUUUGAUGUAAACGUGUAAAAACAGACGCUGGUUUUGUACGAACAUGUAGACGUUCUUCUGAUGGACGGUUUGAACUGAUGAGCUGCUGAGAGACUUUGAAUAAAGUUGAAGUGCACAGACUUUAAAUCA